GUGUGCGUGUGCGUGUGGUUGCGCAUAUGUGUAUGUAUCAAUAGUACAUUUAUGAUUUUAGUUUUUCGCCCAUUCUCAUAAUUAUCCAAAAUGAAUGACGUGGACGUGAUAGACGUUUCAUUCCUUUGGAGUUGAUUUUCGUGAGCCCCCUUGCUUCUCACGUUUGAGAUCCACAAAAAAAAUAAAGAAAAGAGGAAAAAGAAUUCUCUAUCCUGUGUUGUUAUGGCACUUCAGCAAGCAUCCGAUAUUUUUGCACACGGUGCUUCACGCACGGAAACAACAUUCGAGUUGUGAUUCGUGAUAAUCAAGCACUUUGAACGUGAGAGUUAUAUAUAGAACAGCCAUUGAAAUUAAACGCACUUGAAUACGAAUAAUCGGUGUGUGUACGCAGAGAUUUCCUCUUUAAAAUGAUCGUGAAGACCCUGGUUUCACAGUUGCUGCUUUUGUUAGUCUUUUAUGACCAUGUAACAAGCCUGAUUAUACCAGAAGAGCUUCCAACAAUCCUAAGUUUGAUAUAUUCCAAUAUAUCGCCUAUCAAAAAAGGAACCGAUUCCAGAUUUGGUGUGGGUUUUCGAUUAGGUGAACACGCGGAUUUUCAAAUUCUUAUUGAACUAGGACCACAGACUGAGACAGAUCCAAUAGGUGUAUCCAAUGAUGCCAAAAGGCGACGAGAUGCGAUGAUAAAUGCUGCGAUGAAGGGAGAGCUAGGACCAUUAGCACAAGCGGUGGCUAAAUAUCAAAUAAACCGUGAAAUCCAAAAAGAAAUGGAUGAACUCAAAAUAAUAGAAGAGAAGCUUAAAAAGAUUAAAACGGAGAAUACAAAGGCUCAAGAUAAAUUUAAAAAAGAAGAAACUCCACAUAUGGUGACGUAUACAUCGAUGAAGAAACUGCAGCAACAUGUAUUGUAGCGGAUGAAACAGAGUUAUUCUAUGACUUUUAAAUGCAUAAUAGGGUAUUCAACUUAUGUUACGCAAAUGUUCUUAAAUAUAUAUAUACACACAAAA